UUUUUUUUUUGUAAUCUUUUUUUUUCUCCGCCGCUCUUUUCUACAUGACGUUUUGUCGAGCGAAAGAUUUAUUUUUAUACACAGUUUAGUUUGUUGCUUGGUGUUGCCGCCGCGUUAUUGCACGACCAUUGCCUGGGAACAGACCUGAAUCGCCAUUCACUGAUUCAGAUGAAUUAUGCCCCUUUGCAUCAACGAUAACACUUUGAUGUGUAUGCUUCUUUGUUAUUAUAAUUGUUUUUAAAUUGUGAACCAAUUGAUUAUGGAUAAUAUCAAUGAUAAUCAAUCUAAUAUCCCUGAUCUUCAACUUAGUGAUAUCAUUUCGUUAAUUGAAGAUUAUAGAAUGGAUCCCGUUCAACAAAUGCACAGCCCGUCAUCAAAUAAUGGCCGAAGGUCUACUAAUUCACCAUAUAUAGAAAUUAUUGAACAGCCUGCUUCAAAGGCCUUAAGAUUUCGAUAUGAAUGUGAAGGUAGAUCUGCUGGAAGUAUACCAGGGGUCAAUAGCACAACUGAAAAUAAAACUUAUCCAACAAUUCAAAUAGUGGGUUAUAAAGGCAGAGCAGUUGUUGUAGUAUCUUGUGUUACUAAAGAUAAACCAUAUCGUCCUCAUCCACAUAAUUUGGUUGGACGUGAUAAUUGUAAAAAAGGAAUUUGUACUAUCGAAAUCAAUAAUGAAUCAAUGACAGCUAGUUUUCAAAAUUUAGGAAUACAGUGUGUAAAAAGAAAAGAUAUAGAUGAUGCUCUUAAAGUUCGAGAAAAAAUUAGAGUGGAUCCAUUUAGAACUGGAUUUUCGCAUAAAGAUAACCCAGCUUCAAUUGAUUUAAAUGCAGUUAAAUUGUGUUUUCAAGCUUUUUUAGAGGGAUCACAAAAAGGAGAGUACAGUAUUCUUAAACCAAUUGUUUCUGAAACUAUCUAUGACAAAAAGGCUAUGUCAGAUUUAGUUAUUUGUAGAUUAAGUAGUGCAUCUGCUACAGUUUCAGGAGAUAAUGAAGUUAUCCUAUUAUGUGAAAAAGUCAUAAAAGAUGAUAUCCAAAUAAGAUUUUUUGAGGAAAAAGAUGAUGGCACAUGUGUUUGGGAAGGUUAUGCUGAUUUUCAACCUUCAGAUGUCCAUAAACAAGUGGCUAUAUAUUUUAGAACACCAAAAUAUAGAACAACUGAUAUUCAGAAUCGGGUGAAUGUUAAAAUACAGUUACGAAGACCUUCAGACGGCAUGUGUAGUGAUUCUCGUCCAUUUAUCUUUACUCCGGAUUAUUCAGUGCGCGCUUUAAAUCAAGACCCAAACAACAGAAAAAGACCGAGAUUAAUAUAUAGAGAUCCACCAACAUGUGACCCUAUUCCAUUGGCUCAGUCACCAAGUUUUAUUAGUGAAAUGGUAGUUGAUCAACGGUCUAUUUCUGUACCUAUCAAAGAAGAACCAGAAAAUAGUCCCAAUUCUUAUAGUGGUUUAUAUCCACCAUCAAACUCAAGUGUUCAUGGUCAGCUUUCACCUAUGUAUAAUUCGAGGACACCUUCACCAUCGGAAUAUCAAUUCCCAAAUGUAAAUUCUAACACAUUGAACACUUUACCAAAAAUCAAUGUUCGACCACCCACAGGAAUUUCAACAAAUCUUGGCACAAUUAGUGGUUGUACUACAACAGUAUGUUCUAUGCUUAGCAAUCAAAACCUAUCAACUCAAACCAAUUAUGAUCAAUCAACAGCCAUAAAUAUCUCACCAUCAUCAUGCCUUACAGAAUGCAAUGAUCCAUCUAAUCUUAUGGACACUACAAUUACAAGUCUUGAUCGUUUAGAUUCUAGUGAUUUAAUUUCUUCUAUGAUAGUAGAUAGUGAACAGUUGUCUACAAAUUUAUCUACUAGAUUACAGUUAACAGAGGCUAAUAUUCCAGGCAAAUCUGAUGAAGUAGUAAUUUCAGAAAAUGAUCAUUUAUCAGACAGUUUUGAUACAAUUGCUGACAAUACACUCAAUGAAUUCUGUAAGAUUUACACCAAAAGGAACUAAUUAUGGUAGUUAAAUAUCUAAUUUAUAUUUUGUUAAGUAAAGUA